AUGUCGAACACGGUCAAGAAUCACCGCACCGACGAGAUCGAGACCUCGAAGUCUUUCAGGAAGUUGUUGGUAGCGACAUUGUUGCUUUCCCUGAGCCCGAUCAAUCUCGCCCCUAUCGUGACCUUCGGUAUCUACGUCAUCAUCUCCGUCUACUGGAAGAACGAUACCUUGUUGCCGGCGCAGGCUUUCACAUCAGCCUGUCAACCCAUCUUCCUCAAGUUCCCAGACAGCUUUGCCAGCGAGGAAGAGGUCUAG